AUGAGCAUGGAUGCAUUGGGGAGUCAGAUGAUGGACCCAUCAUCAUUCGCCAAACGAAAUCCAGCGCUGAGAUUAGUAGACCUGGCAGGAGCUCACCACCAUCAUCAUCACCAUCCCCCUCAGAACAUGACAGGUUUCCCGGGGCUCAGCGGCCAUCCCCACUCAAUGGCACACACGCACCCUGGGGAGAAUACUGGAGAACCCCGCCUGGGGCCGAGUCCUUUCGGGCCUGAACACAUGGGGCACCCUGCAGCCGCCGCCGCACUUAAACUCAGCCCAACCCAUCCCCACCACCACCACCACCAUCAUCAUCACCAUCAUAUGGCAGGCCACGCUGAAAUUGUCUCCAAUCCCACGGCAGCGUUUGGCCCAGCGCAGGCGGCGGCAGCAGUCAGUUACUCGGUCUCGCACUCCCACGCCAGCUACACUGCCCAGGCUAUCUCGGCAGGUAGAGAUUUCCUCAUCCGCAGGGAUUUGACAUCCUCAGUAAUGCCAGGGCUCACUGAUCAAUAUCCCGGCACAAGUUCUCACCACGGAAUGUUUGUAUCAACAACAGGUAGUUACCCCGGACACCAUGGUCACCCCGAGGCUGGGAGCCACUCUCUAUUCCCUGGACUGCAUGACCAACCUCCCCUUGCAGUCCCAGCUGGACACCAUCUGAACGGACAGUUAAGACUGGGUCUACCUGGAGAUAUGUACGCCAGGUCUGAGCACUACAGUCAAGUGGCAAGUUCCAGGAGUGAUCCUUUUGCCUCUUCCCCUCUACAUGGCUACGGUGGUAUAAACAUUAACAUGAAUAUAACUGGCCACCACGGUCCAGGUGCUUUUUUUCGCUACAUGAGGCAACCCAUCAAGCAGGAACUGAUCUGCAAGUGGACUGAACCGGACCCUAUCACUAAAAAGCCAUGCUCAAAAACUUUUAGCACGAUGCACGAACUGGUUACUCACGUAACAGUGGAACACGUUGGGGGACCAGAACAGUCGAAUCAUAUCUGUUUCUGGGAAGAGUGUCCACGAGAGGGAAAGCCUUUCAAAGCCAAAUAUAAACUUGUAAAUCACAUCAGAGUCCACACUGGCGAGAAACCAUUCCCCUGUCCAUUCCCUGGCUGUGGGAAAGUCUUUGCCAGAUCAGAAAAUCUCAAGAUCCACAAAAGAACUCACACAGGAGAAAAGCCCUUUAAGUGUGAAUUUGAAGGCUGUGACAGACGUUUUGCUAACAGCAGCGACAGGAAAAAGCACUCGCAUGUGCACACAAGUGACAAGCCCUAUAACUGCAAAGUAAGAGGCUGUGAUAAAUCGUACACGCACCCGAGCUCACUUCGCAAGCACAUGAAGGUCCAUUGCAAAUCUCCACCCCCCAGCUCGGGAUACGAAUCCUCCACCCCCUCGCUGGUCUCUCCUUCUUCGGACUCAGGUCGGGACCCCCCGGCUUCAGCCUCCCAGCUUGACCCCAUCACAUCUUCCCACGCAGCUAACCUGAGCGAAUGGUAUGUGUGUCAGAGCACAGGAGCAAGUGGUAUUCCAACACCUCCGAGUAAUUCAUCAUCACCUGGACCAGGGGAGCACUCUUACAGAAACUCUGACCCCAGAACUAUUCUCUAA